CGCCCGUAGAGGAGCAUUUUUGUUCUACAAAGAAGUGGAGAGGAGACGGUGGCAAGAGUCUGGUGAAGAGUUUUAGCUUCCUCCUCCAGUGCCCCUUGGACAUCCCUCUUCUGCAAAAAAUGAAGCCUUUGGUCAUCAAGUUCGCAUGGCCUUUGCCAUUGCUGCUGCUGCUGCUGCCACCGAAGCUUCAGGGGAACUAUUGGGAUUUUGGGGAAUAUGAACUAGACCCAGAACUACGUGACUUACUUAGGGAAUAUGAGAGUACAGGGCCCACCAAACCACCUACCGUAAAAAGAAUCAUAGAAAUGAUCACCAUUGGUGACCGACCUUUCGAUGUCUACGAUUACUGCAACGCUGAACUCAGGACUAAAAACAUUCACUAUAAGGGGCGCUGUUACCCAGAACACUACAUUGCAGGAGUGUCCUAUGGUGAGCUAGUAAAAGCCUGUGAUGGUGAAGAAGUGCAAUGUAAGAAUGGCGUUAAAUCUUGCAGAAGAAGCAUGAAUCUAAUCGAGGGAGUGCGGUGUGUUUUAGAAACAGGACAGCAAAUGAUAAACUGCACAUAUAAAACCAUCCUCAUGAUUGGUUAUCCAGUUGUCUCCUGUCAAUGGGAUGAAGAAUUCAAAAUUUUUAUUCCUAACCGUAUAUAUAAUAUGUCACUACCCAAGGAGCAGUAAAGCAUUGGACACCAGAAGUAUGUCUCUCCCCACCCCCAACAUUCUAGGUUUCUCUGAGCAGUUACAUGUGGGAGUAGCUCACCCUGAGAAUGGUAGUUUGGGUCUAUUCCCUCUGAUCAUGCACCGCUUUCCUUUUCCGUCCCCAAAGCAAUGAAUGUCGGCAUGGGCUAUGAUCACAUAACUCUAACAGGUGUUUUCAUAAAGGUUACAGAAUGAGCCAUGACAAUAAGUCUCCAGCAAACAGAUGUCAAGCAUGAAGAGAAGCAGGAGGCUGGGUGUGCGAGUUCAGGUUAAUGCCGUCAGCACUUUGGAAGCUAAGCAGAAGUUCCUAAGCUUGAGGCUUGUCUGUGCAACCAGGCAAAACCCUUGCAUAAUCAAUCAAACAAACAAAUACAUAAAUUUUUUUUUUUAAAAAGCAUGCUUUGGAAUAGCUGUCUGAAGAUCAUCCAAAUUUUCAUGUGAUUUUCCUGGUUCAGCAUGAAAAAAUAAAUGCUUCUUCACUC